UUUUCCCUCUUCCGAGUUGUGGUUACUUUCCACUUCUUUGGAUAUCAUAAACCAAAACCGUCUUCGCAACACUCCUCCAGUAUCAGAGUUGCAGCAACUCUGUCGCUUAGCAAUGAAGAUGGAGACACUGACUUUGGUCUCUCUGGUUCUUCUGCCACUUCUCCUCUGUUCUUCUCUGUCGAGCGCGAACCUGAUCGACGAUCUUCAACUCGCGAGGCCGAAUUUCCCGAAGGUGAAAGCGGAGAAGAUGAUUAGGGAGCUGAAUUUGUCCCCAAAAGAGGAUGUGAAUGUGAUAGAAGGCCGCGAUUCUGUAGAAGAACCGAGGAUCGUAGAGAGGCGAUUCAGGUUUCCUAAUUUGACUGAGAGUGCGGUGUCUGUGGAGGAUUUGGGGCAUCACGCUGGGUAUUACAAGGUUGCGCACUCGCAUGAUGCUAGGUUGUUUUACUUCUUCUUCGAAUCACGCAACAGCAAGAAGGAUCCUGUUGUAAUCUGGUUAACUGGAGGGCCAGGAUGCAGUAGUGAAUUGGCUAUGUUUUAUGAAAAUGGUCCCUUCACUAUUGCAGAUAAUAUGUCUCUUCUAUGGAAUGAGUAUGGCUGGGACCAGGCAUCAAACCUUCUAUAUGUUGACCAGCCUACUGGAACUGGCUUUAGUUAUAGUUCUGAUAGGCACGACAUUCGUCACAAUGAAGAUGGAGUUAGCAAUGAUUUAUAUGACUUUCUACAGGCCUUCUUUGAGGAGCAUCCUCAACUUCAAGACAAUGAUUUCUACAUUACUGGAGAAUCGUAUGCUGGGCAUUAUAUUCCUGCUUUUGCUGCUCGAGUCCACAGAGGAAACAAAGCUAAAGAAGGAAUCCAUAUAAACCUGAAAGGAUUUGCCAUUGGUAAUGGGCUUACUGAUCCUGCAAUUCAGUAUAAAGCAUACACAGAUUAUGCAUUGGAGAUGGGCAUAAUUAAGAAGUCCGAUUACGACCGUAUCAACAAAGUCAUUCCAGUUUGUGAAAUGGCAGUAAAGCUUUGUGGCACUGAUGGUACAGUCUCCUGUGUGGCUUCAUAUUAUGUUUGCGAUGCCAUAUUCAAUAGCAUCAUGGCACUUAAUGGUGGUACAAAUUACUAUGACAUUCGAAAGAAAUGCGAGGGGAGCCUUUGCUAUGACUUCUCAAACUUGGAGAAAUUUCUGGGUCAGAAAUCUGUUAGGGAUGCACUUGGUGUUCCUGCAGACUUAGACUUUGUCUCUUGUAGUCCAACAGUGUAUGAGGCGAUGCUUGUUGACUGGAUGAGGAAUCUUGAGGUGGGCAUUCCUGCUCUUCUUGAGGAUGGAAUCAAGCUGCUUGUAUAUGCUGGAGAAUAUGAUCUCAUCUGCAACUGGCUUGGUAAUUCAAGAUGGGUUCAUGCCAUGGAGUGGUCUGGUCAGAAAGAGUUUGUGGCAUCUCCUGAAGUUGCUUUCACAGUUGAUGGUUCAGAAGCUGGGGUACUCAGGAGCUAUGGGUCUCUUGCUUUCCUUAAGGUCCAUGAUGCAGGUCACAUGGUUCCCAUGGACCAGCCAAAGGCUGCAUUAGAGAUGCUGGAGAGGUGGAUUAAGGGCACACUGUCUGAACCUGCUGCCGAUCCGGAAAGAUUGGCUGCAGACAUGUGAUUCCCUGUAGUUCUUCUACACGUCCCACGCAUUCAUUUACACAUAAAGUAGGAGUGAUCAUUAAUCAGCACAACCAUUCUCUUAAACUAAUGGGUGCGAAGGUACUGAAUGCCCUAUAUGGAUGUCAAACUAGCGUUGCACUUGCACCUGAACGAAUGAGGUUGGCCAGUUUGAUCAUUUCAAUGAUUUGUUUCUUCAAACUGUCAAACGAAUGAGGUUGCUCAGAAUGGUCUUGUUGUGGAGAUUUGUUUGGCUAUUUGGUAAAUGAACAAUUCUUAUGAA